CAAUAAAGUUGAAUUCUAUACUAUUCUAUUAUGCCAAGCGGGGUCUGAUAUACCCCCACCGUUACACACGAGGGUUAAGCCUACUGUGCUCUAUCUCAGAGAGGUGAGUUUCCUGGAGGAAUACUACUGUCAUGGUUUUAGCAAUGUUCCGGACCCACAUGCAGGGAUGCAUUCAGGAAACCAAAUAGUUCAAAGGAUUUAUUUACAGGAAAAAAUGUUAAAUGUGUGAUGAAGGUCCGCUGAUGGCCAGGCUGCUGAGGACCGACACGAUCGGCGCUCUCGAUACACAGAUCAGGAAGUUGAGUAUAAAGAGCAAACUGGGACUAGGACUUGUGAAUUGAGCUUACUAGUGCCGGGGAAUUUCCGCCAGGGAGAGGUGAUGGGGAUCGAGGAGUCCUGGCAGUGAUCUGAUUCGACAGGCACUACUCACAACUUGACGACCGCUCCAAGAUGGCCGCCCAAGCAGCCAAUGAGGGGCCUGCUCUUUAUUAAAUCUAUCCUACACCCUGCUAAUGGUAGGCGGAGCUUCAUAAACUAUGCCCUCCGCUUCCCAGGCUUUCCUCCCAGGGAGUCUUAAGCAGACUGAACACCUGGUUUUCUUCAGAUUCAGAAUCGCUGACGCCCUCAGAGCUGCAGCAGGAUCACUUUUCAGGGAACCAGGUUUAAUUCUUUUCUCCUGACAACUCUUCAUCUGUGUUUACAGCUUUAGAGGUGAUGAUGAUGAUGCUCUGAGCUGCUGUCCAAUCAGAGAAUAGCUCUCAGUAACCUUUGCUCCGGUUGGACUCUGGAUCUUCAGCUGCAGGCAAACACAGGGUCCUCGUUCUCCUGGCGGUGUGAUCCACAAUGAAGUUCCCUUCUCCUCUUCCUCUACUUCCUUCCAUCUUGCUGCUCGGAGUCUUCUUCCCUGCAGCGGAUAGUGGACACUUUCUGGCCUUCCCAGGUGAGCACAGCCACUGGCUGAACAUGCGAACCAUCAUAGAGGAGCUUGUGAGGAGAAACCACAAGGUGACCGUCCUGGUGCCGGACGCUUCGCCGUCAGUCAACUAUAACAGCAGUCGAGAUGCUGCCAAGUUCAACUUCUUGGUCUUCAAGGUUCCAUUCAGUAGAUCAGAUAUGAACAACAUUAUGCAGGAUUUUAUUCAGUUCUCCAUGUAUAAGGCCCAUAACUCCUCCCUGCUGGAUCGCUUUCUGGUGCCACUGACAAUCAUGGGGAAGUUCUCCCAAAUUGGGAAGCAGCAAUGUGACGCCAUGCUGAAAAACCAGCAGUUGAUGGCAACCUUGCGUGACGCCGCCUUUGAUGUGGUCAUCUUGGACCCCAUGGUGGUGUGUGGCGAUCUGGUGGCCGAUGUGCUCGGUGUGCCUCUGGUCCUUUCGCUGCGGUUCUCAUUCGGCAGCACCUUGGAGCGUCAUUGCGGCCAAGCACCGAUGCCAGCAUCCUUCAUCCCCGCGUCUCCACUGCCGUACAGCGACCACAUGACUUUCGGGGAACGGCUGGUCAACAUGCUGACCUACACAGGGAUGUCUGUGUUGAGCGAAUUGACCUGGAAAAUGACACUUGAUUCUUUCUACACUGAGAUCAAAGGAAGUCCUAGCAGCUUCUGUAGCUCCCUGGGCAGGGCUGAUGUCUGGCUGAUCAGGACCUUCUGGGACAUCGAGACGCCACGGCCAAUACCUCCAAACUUUUUCUAUGUGGGCGGUCUUCACUGUAGACCAGCCAAUCAGCUGCCAGAGGACCUGGAAGCCUUCAUGCAGAGCUCCGGAGAUGCUGGCGUAGUGCUUGUCACCUUUGGCUCCAUGGUAACCAAUCUGUCACCAGACAGAGCAAAUGUCAUUGCCUCUGCUUUGGGACGAUUACCACAGAAGGUAAUUUGGCGUUAUCGUGGCAAAACCCCGGCAACUCUGUCACCAAAUACGAAGCUUUUUGAUUGGAUCCCUCAGAAUGACUUGCUUGGACAUCAACUGACCCGUGCCUUUGUGACGCACGGCGGGACCAACGGUUUAUACGAGGCAUUGUUUCAUGGCGUUCCAGUGGUCGGCAUCCCACUGUUUGGUGAUCAGCCAGACAAUCUAGCCCGUCUGAGCCGCCGCGGUGCCGCUGUCGUCCUCCACUUCAACCACAUGACAGUGGAUGAGCUGGAGCAGGCGCUGCAUGCUGUCAUCAAUGAACCCAGCUUCAGGUCCAACAUGCAGCAGCUGUCUUCGCUGCAGCAACAGCAACCGGUGGCACCACUGAGCACCGCCGCCUUCUGGUUGGAGUUUGUGAUGCGGCAUGGAGGAGCUAAACACCUGAGGCUGGCGUCACAUGACCUGUACUGGUUCCAGUACUACAGCUUGGACACAGGAGUGACUAUGCUGCUCAUCAUAGCUGCUGGCGCCGCCCUCUGCUGGGCGGGGCUUCGCUGCGUCCUGCGCCACUGCAGAGGGCGAGCACAAAGACAGAAGAACGACUGAUCAGCUGUUUUGAACAUUAUUGUUUUAUCUGGAUCUGUUUGGUCCAAGCAGAACAGCAGAUGCAGUUUUCAGGGUUCACAUUUCACAUUUCACAUUUUCUUCACAUUUUCCCUGACUGGCUCCUAAGGAGACUGAGGUUCCUCCUGGAUCAUGGAGAUGCUGUUUCGCUACAACACAUUUUGAUCAGACCCAAACUCUGAACAGGCUGUUGGAUUAUGUAUCUUUAUUAAUAUUUCAACCAGCAAUGUAACAAAACAUAACAUGACAAAAACACAUUAUGGGAUGGGACUGAGAGGAAUGGGGGAAAUUAUUUACACUGAUGUACCACAGCCCAAAAGCUCCACAGUUUUAAUCACAUUCUGAAAGAAUAAUGCAUGUGUAGCAUCUGUUCAAUGUAAUAUCAGCAAUGUCUCAGAGACAUGCAACAAUAAGGCUGCAUUAUGUAUUUUUAUAUGCAUGACACAGGUACUGUAUACACAGCCAUCACUACACAAUCACAGUACCUGGACACAUCACUAACCUACACACAGAACAUUUGUAAUAUAUUCCUUAAGUGAUAACUAUAAUUCUGGAUUAGAAGUGCUCAGUAUCAAUCUUCUACCACAAUACUUUUCAAUGUUUUGAUAUGGACAGAGCUCCAAAUUUGUUCAUGUUUCCCCAUGAACAAAUUUGUAAACAGAUUUGGGUAUGAAGCUUUUAAGACCUACAUACCCAGGAUGUCUUAAAUUUCUUAUACCUAUUUUUAAAAUGGCAAAACAAAUUACCUCGCAGAUGGUUUUUAACACUGUAAAUUGUGUUGAUUUGGAGAUGAAAAUAUACACACCUUUAGAAGCAGCAGUCCCUGGAGAUUAAAAUAUCUGUCCAACCCAGCUUUGUUUUAAUUUUCAUGUUUGUUUCUUAGAAAGAUGUGUUUCUUGUAACAUUACUAUGUCUAUGUCACAUUCAUCACAUUUUUGAAUGAAUAAAGAUUUUAAAGUGUU